AUACGCCCACAAGGCAAUCGAGAAAAGCUCGAAGGUAGUCGUGUGUGCACAUCUGUUAUCCCCGGUGAACCUCAGGUUACUAUUGGCACUGACCGUUCAUUCACUUAUGAUCAUGUUUUCGAUCAAGCUACUCAACAAGCUGAAAUCUAUGACUCUUGUAUAGAUAAACUAGUUAACGGUCUUUUUGAUGGGUUUAAUGCUACAGUUCUCGCUUAUGGCCAGACGGGUUCUGGUAAAACUUACACUAUGGGUACGGCUUUCGACACCGGUGCAAUAUCAGAGCAUGAAGUCGGAGUCAUUCCGCGGGCAUUAGCUCAUGUCUUCCGUAGGGUUUCGGAUUUGAAACAAGAGGCACGAGAAGGGGGCAUCCUUGAGCCGACCUUUGAUGUCUCCGUCCAAUUUAUUGAGACUCUUGAAAUUUUGAAAAACGGAGCGCUCAAUCGUACAGUCGCUGCAACCAAUAUGAACGAACAAUCUUCACGGUCGCAUGCUAUUUUUUCCUUGCACAUCAAGCAGCAAAGAGUAGCAGUAGCGCAAGAAGCUGAGCCGGUCAUUACUCAGGAGAUUGAAAUGGAAAUGCUGUCAGCAAAAUUCCAUUUUGUUGACUUGGCGGGAUCCGAGAGAUUGAAACGAACUGGUGCUACUGGUGAUCGAGCUAAAGAAGGAAUCAGUAUCAACUGUGGAUUGCUUGCACUUGGUAAUGUUAUUAGUGCACUUGGUGGAGCUAAUGGUAAAGUCAGUCAUGUACCGUAUCGUGACUCGAAACUGACCAGGCUUCUUCAAGACUCGUUAGGAGGCAAUAGUCGCACACUGAUGGUUGCGUGUGUGUCGCCAAGUGAUAGCGAUUUUCGUCGAGACGUGGUGGCCAAUCAAGACAAGUCAUCAAAACUUAUUGGCGAAUUACGCGGUCGUAUUGCGGCACUCGAAGCUGAAUUGCUGGAGUUCAAACAGGGCCGACGAACAGUUGGCGUCGAUGGAGUCGAGUCGGUUAAUGAUCAGUACCACGAGAAUGUGAUGCUUACGGCGGAAAUCAACCAGCUGAGAUUCCGCGUGAAAGCUCUGCAAGAAACGAACGAGAUUCUUCGUAACCGCAAUGUGGAUUUAAUGGCGAAAGAUCUCGGUCCAAAUGGCUGUUCUGUGAAUUCGCCAACGGAUGAGCACGGGGGAUCGUCUGAUGAAGCAAACAGUUCUGCUUCGAAUGAUGCAGUCAUGGAUCCGGUGCAGGCCACUGUGCGAAAAUAUCUGGAGGAAUUGGAACGAAUGCGAUCACAACUCUACGAGUCCCAGGCGGUAGCGAAUCAGUUGAGGAAAGAGAUGAACAAGUGGAAGAAUCAGGCACUCGGUGGCGGUGGAUUCAUGGAGAGUAACGAUAAUUCGUUCACAUCGUUCAGUCACCAACAACUAAUUGAAGAUGCUCGAGCUGAUAUAGAAAGGCUUCGAAGGACUGUGUCCGUAGCUUCAAAUGAAGUAACAUCCGAUUACGCUUCACAUGCUGACACCGCUGAAGAAGAUGGUACCUAG